AUGCCGCAGCUGCCGGGGGCCGGGGGUGGUGGGGGGGACCCGGAGCUCUGUGCCACCGACGAGAUGAUCCCCUUCAAGGACGAGGGGGACCCCCAGAAGGAGAAGAUCUUCGCUGAGAUCAGCCACCCCGAGGAGGAGGGCGACCUGGCCGAUAUCAAGUCGUCCCUCGUCAACGAGUCCGAGAUCGCCCCCGGCGCCAACGGGCACGAGGUUUCCAGACCGACUCAAGCACAGGAUUCCUACCAUGAUAAAGGCAGAGAGCACCCCGAGGAAGGAAAGCAUCCAGACAGUGGCUUAUACAGCAAGGGACCAUCAUACUCUGGUUAUUCUGGGUAUAUCAUGAUGCCAAAUAUGAAUAACGACCCGUACAUGCCUAAUGGAUCUCUGUCACCACCCAUCCCCAGAACAUCAAACAAGGUGCCAGUGGUACAGCCUUCGCAUGCAGUUCACCCCCUCACCCCUCUUAUCACCUACAGCGAUGAGCACUUUUCCCCAGGGUCACACCCAUCUCACAUCCCCUCUGACGUCAGCUCCAAACAAGGCAUGUCCAGGCAUCCUCCAGCUCCUGAUCUCCCUACCUUCUAUCCCUUGUCUCCAGGGGGGGUUGGACAGAUAACACCACCUCUUGGCUGGCAAGGUCAGCCUGUAUAUCCCAUCUCGAGUGGAUUCAGGCAGCCCUAUCCAUCCUCACUCUCAGUCGACCCUUCCAUGUCCAGGUUUUCACAUCACAUGAUUCCUGGUCCUCCAGGCCCUCACACAACUGGAAUCCCUCACCCAGCUAUUGUAACACCUCAAGUAAAACAAGAACACCCGCACAACGACAGUGAGCUAAUGCAUGUGAAGCCUCAGCACGAACAGAGAAAAGAACAAGAGCCAAAAAGACCUCAUAUUAAGAAACCUCUGAAUGCUUUCAUGUUGUACAUGAAAGAAAUGAGAGCGAACGUUGUAGCAGAGUGUACUCUGAAAGAAAGCGCAGCUAUCAACCAGAUCCUUGGCAGAAGGUGGCAUGCUCUCUCCCGUGAAGAACAAGCGAAAUAUUAUGAACUAGCUCGUAAAGAAAGGCAGCUACACAUGCAGCUUUAUCCAGGCUGGUCUGCAAGAGACAACUAUGGGAAGAAAAAGAAGAGGAAGAGAGAAAAGUUGCAGGAAUCAGCAUCAGGUGGGAAAAGAAAUGCUUUCUCAACUUGCAAAGCAAAGGCGGCGACACCAGGACCCCUUCUGGAGAUGGAAGCUUGUUAA